UGUUUUGUCAUCUAAUUGGUCGAAUGGUUAUAGAUUUGGAAGUUCAGCCAAUCAUAAGGCCGCAUUUAGCAUGUCAGAAACGUCAGAGAUAAAACCGCGUUUUGUAAUCGAAAACGCACUUAUUUUAAUGGUUCCUUGAUUUUACUGAUUUACAUGUGUGGCAAAUAAUUUUUAAAUCGCAAUUUAUGGAAAUUAUUACUCCGUUUGGUGCUUUAUUAAAGCCUUAAUUUUUACAUUAAGCUGUGUGUAUUGUAAAGGAACUACGCCAGGAUACAAUUUGCAAGCAGUAUCAUAUACUCGGAAUUAAAAGUGAGAAAUGAAGAUCAUGAGGAAGUGUCAUAUCACGAAAAACAAGAAAUAGCCUCACGGAAAACACUAACAGGAAAAAGCUUUGUCAUGAAAUGUUGAAAGUGCAAAAGUAAAAUAUUUAGGUAUCAUCCGUGAUCAAGAGCUGUGAAUCAAAAGUGUAUUGCUGGCAAAGCACUACCAAUGCUGCAGAGGCUACGUUAAGUAGUAACUAAUAAGGAUAUGGUUUCCAACCCAACUGCCAUACCCCUUCCAAGUUAGCCUGCUUUCAUCAGGCACCAGACACCAGGUCAACGGAUAAAAAAUUACCCAGUGUUUCGUGACAUUUACUGUUGAAGAAAUGUCUUCAGAAAUAGAACCUCCCGAAAAAAAGCCAAAACUAACUGACAAUAUCAAUAAUAUUUACAUGGAAACUAUUGACAAGUGUAUAGAACAAAUAAACAGCUCUGAGAAAAACCUACAACCAAUCAUAAGCGAUGAUUUGUCUCAGCCAUUGCCAUUAAUCAAAGUGUUUGCUGGACAUAUAAGAGACAUGAAGAAUAUAUCACGAAUAAUUCUGAUACUUAACGAAAAGAUACCUUUGAAAGAACUGACCCAUCUGAAAAGAGUAUGUCGGAGAGACAUAAUACUAUGUCCAACAACAUUUGUACAAAACACAUCUUCCAUACAAGAGUAUAUAGAAACUCAUGUAACGGAAUUAAAAGAUAUGUUUGAGUAUUUCAAAGAAAUAGAUGUACCGAUGGUGCCUCCGAAAGUCACUAAACAAUAUAACGAACUCAGAAAAAUAUGGUCUUGUCAUUUUCACCGUAACGACUAUCAUGAAAAACUUGUGAGUGAUAAUUUUUUUAGUUUACAUGAAUUGAAAGUACAUAAAAAGUAUAUGGAAGUUGUUUUUGAAAUAGCCAAAUGGUAUUCUGUACAUAAAGGAGUUAAUUUUGUCGUUAACAAUGUAUUUGAGAAUGUUAACGUAACAGUCGUUGUUGAUCCUAAACGUGUUAGAAUUGUCACGAUAGCCUAUGACUAUAGAGAGGAACAUCCUAUGCAACAUUCUGCUAUGGUAGCCAUUGAUAAUGUGGCUAAAACCCAAAAUGGAGGUGUAUGGACUACAGAAUGUGAUGACCACUUACUACCUGGUAUUGAAAAGGAAUUAAUAUAUCAUUUGAAAUAUAAAUUCUCUCAAUUUAUAAUUGGGUUAAAUAGAACUAAUUCACAUAGAGCAAAAGGUGGCCCUAAAACAGAUUCAGUAGGAGAAAAAGGUGGUCCCAAAUCCGAUUUAUGUGAAGUAAAGAGUGGCCCGCAAACUCUUUUGAAAAAGGAAAAUGGAGAAAAAGAUGGUCCAUAUUUAUGCACUGGUUAUGAUAUCUAUAUGUUAAAGGAGCCUUGUAUGAUGUGUGCGAUGGCUUUAGUCCACGCACGAGCGAAGCGCGUGUUCUUUUGCUUCAAAAAUAGUGUGUGUGGGGCUUUAUGCUCUGUCGCAAAACUGCAAACAGUCCCAUCUCUCAAUCAUCACUUUGAAGUGUUCAGUGGGUUUUUAUAGCUGAUGUCUAAAGUACUGACUUAAUUUUUUUAUUCACUAUAUUAUACACAAAAUGCAAUAAAUAAAAAUAAGAAAUACUUAA